CUUUUUGUGUUUUGGUUUCUAAAACUUUCAGUGGAAACAUUUUGUUCUGGGAGAAAAACAGCCUUGUCACUCAAAAACAUAUGGCUGUGCCAAAAAAAAGGCAUUUUUUGGGGGAAAUGAGACACUUCUGCUUGAGAAAACAAACAAAAGCAACCCAGCUCACACUGGCAGCCAGCUCAGGAGCUGGGGAGCAUCAGUGCAGCGGGGAUGGCUGUCCAUCCCCCCAGUCCAUGCUCCCAGUCUUUCAUCCUGGUCCAUCAUAAUGGGGAGAGCAUCCUGGUGGUCCCAACUGAUCCAUCUGCCUGGGCUGACCUACAUUCACUCCUUUCUGGUCCCUGGACCCCCACUCUGGCCCAGCUCCCCUGCAAAGCCCCCCCCCGCAAAACCCUUUGGGCUUUUCACAUGCGAAGGGGCUGGAUUCCCUGCUGGGGCAGGAAUUGUGGUGGAGGAACUCAAUGUAUUUUGGUGUUUCACUGGCAACCAGCAGCUGUUUGGGAGCAAAAGCAGAGGGUGUCUCUCAUGAGACGCCCCCAGGGUGACUCAUGGUCCCCGGACAAAGCGGAAGAAGCAAUGGCCUUUAAAAAAGACACGUAGGGUCUGUGAGUAAACACUGCCCAAGGAAGUGACUGGAGAAGGAGGCUUGGGAAACUCCUGGGACACCGAGCUGUGUUGGAGCCUGGCUCCAUGCUGCAGGCUGCUUUGUGAAUAACCACGGGGGAAAAUCUGCUUCAGGAGCAAGAAGCUGGAAAAUGAGGAUGUUCCUGGUUUGGACCCUUUUCCCAGGUGGUUGGGCAGUGACGGGUCCCACGCAGGUGACAGCCAAGCAGGGUGGCUCGCUGGCUGUGUCCUGUAGCUAUGAGUCCGGCUAUGAGCUCUACCCCAAGUACUGGUGCCGCCCAGGCUUCCUCUGGAUUUGUUCCACCUACAUCACUCAAACCAACGGCUCGGAGGUGACAGUGAGGCAGGGCAGGGUGUCCAUUGAGGACAAGCACACAGAACGCUCGUUCACAGUGAUUCUGGGCAAUGUCUCACCGGGGGACGCGGGCUGGUACUCCUGCGGGGUGAGGAGGAGGCUAUGGUUCAACCUGCAGCACAGCACCGAGGUGACGGUCUCCACAGACCUUUCAACCACAACCAAGGGCAGUAACGUGAGCCCCUUGAGCACCAACCGCCUGUGCCCCAAGGACUGUGAGGAGCCUCCAGCACUGUCCCAGCUCAGCGUCACCCCCCUUCUGCUCUUUCUCAGCGUGAAGGUGGCUGUGGCACUGGCCCUGGUGUGCUGGGUCGUGUGGGUGAGGAGCCAGCACACGAGCCAUUACAAGGAAAAUGUGGAGGCAGGCAGAAGCACUGGAGCACCGGGCUGUCCCCCCAUCCCAGAGCCACAGGGACACCCUCUUGUGCCCUUGCCUCCCAUUCUGCCAGGGCUGCGACACCUGCCACAGGUGCCCCACACUGGGAGAUACUCAGCAUUGGGUGCUUCUCCCCCUGUGAAGCCUCAGCUCCUCCUGGCAGCCCCCACGCUGGAGAGGGGAGGUUUUGGGGCACAGGGAGCCUGCGCCUGCUGAACUGGAGCUGCCACCUGAAGACAAUUUUGCAAUAAAACCUCGGUAUCCUGCAGGCGCCUGUCUGUCUGUCUGUCUGUCUGUCUACCUGCUCCUGCUGGCUGGGUGCUGGGAGCCCACUGGCUACACAAGGUCCAGGGUUGUGAUUCCACCCACUGGGGUUCCAGCUCAUUUAUUGUCU